AGAGAUGGAUGCCAAAUCAAAAGACAAGCCCUCUGAAACCAAAGAGUCUGCUAUCACUAAUGCUGAAAAUGCCUCAUUCAUUUUGGGGACAGGGAAGAGUGUGACUCCUCAGAAGCAUGCAGCAGAAGUACCUCCUAAUCUUUGCACGCCAGAUGCUUUUAAAUCACCUAUGAACUUCUCCACAGUAACCCUAGAACAAUUGGGAAUUACAGCUGAAAGCUUUGUUAAAAACUCUUCAGGAAAGUCAUCAUCCUAUCUUAAAAAAUCCAAACGACGAUCUGCAGUUGGUGCUCGGGGCUCACCUGAAACAAACCAUCUGAUUCGUUUCAUUGCUGAGCAGCAGAGUUUAAGGACUGCUAAGAAGUCUCCUUGGGCACGGGAUUCCCCUGCGCAGGGCAGCCCUGCACUGUAUCGAAAUGUUAACUCUUUAAGAGAGCGAAUAUCCUCUUUCCAGUCAGUUUUUCACUCCAUAAAGGAAAACGAGAAAAUGAAACCCUCUGUCAAGCUGUUUCCGGAGAGCUUACAGGAACAUCGUAACAACCUCUUUGAUGAUACGAUGCAUUCAAAUUUAAUCUCAAAUCUUGCAAAUUGUUACAAAGAACAAAAACUGGAAGAUCAAGAAAAUUGUAAAGCACCGGCCUUUAUAAAUAUAAGGAAGAGGAAGAGAGUUACUUUUGGAGAGGACCUAAGCCCUGAAGUGUUUGACGAGUCUUUGCCAGCGAAUACUCCGCUGCGUAAAGGAGGAACACCCGUCUGCAAGAAGGACUUAAGCGGUGUCAGUUCCAUACUAGAGCAGUCGCCAGUUCCUGAGCGAUUACCUCAACCAAAUUUUGAUGACAAGGGGGAGGAUCUUGAAAACAUAGAACCACUUCAGGUAUCAUUUGCAGUUCUGAGUCCUUCUAAUAAUAAGUCUUCAAUCUCUGAGACUCUUUCAGGCAUGGAUACCUUAAGUCCUUCAAAGAACCACGAGAAAAUAUCCUCUUGUAAAGUUGGUAGAGUAACGCGGACUUCUAACAAAAUAAAUCAAUUGAUCAAUUUUGCAGAAGAGAGUGUUUGCAGCUUAUUUAAUACAGAAGCACAGCCUUGUAAAGAAAAGAAAAUUAAUAGAAGGAAGUCUCAAGAAACCAAGUGCACACACAGACCUAAAAAGAAUCAGGUCUUAAAAAGUUACAGAAAGAGGAAAGGAAGAAAAAAGAAAAGUGUUGAGAAAUCUUUAUAUGGGGAAAGAGACAUUGCUUCCAAGAAGCCCCUCCUAAGUCCAAUUCCUGAGGUGCCUGAGGUCUCUGAGAUGACACCUUCAGUUCCAAGCUUCCGAAGGAUGUAUUCAGAUGAUUUCAACUUAAAUGGUAAACUUGAAGAAGUACAGAUGCCUAAAAAUCUAGUUGAAGGAAAGAAUCUUUUGCCUCAGAAUCCAGAAGAUUUACAUAUGAAUCAAGGCUUUGGUAAACAUGAUGUUUCUGAAUUCUGCUCUGACAUAAAAAGUUCUUCAUUGCUUGAUGAUGCUACUUCCGAUGAAAAUACAAAUACGAAUACUCUGGACAUUGAUGAAAAUGAAAAUAUUCUAAAAGCAGAAAAUCAGUUGGAAAGUAAAAAUAACCCCAAAACUGGGACUGACAGCCAUGUUUCUUGUGCUUCUGUGACUAAAGAACACAUCGUAUCAGAUAAUCCGAAACCUGAUUUCAUCACACAGAAUCAAGAAUUUGCUGCUGGUGGUCAAAAUGCGGAAAACCUUUGUGAAAGCUUGAAAAUUUCAGAAGAUAUAAAGUGUGAAAAACAGGAUGACUGCUUAGUAGCUGUGGAGGGAAAACUGCAGUGCAACCAUUUAAUGUCUGACUCACAAAAAGAAUGUAAUUGUUUAGAAGAUAUCUUAAUUGAAAAUAUGAAGGAAUCUAAAAGCCAAAGUGAGGAUUUGGGAAGCAAAUCUGUAAAAAGCAGUGUUAUGAACUGUAGAGAAAGGAAACAUAGAAGACGCUCUAUGUGUUAUUCUGAUGGUCAGAGUUUACAUUUGGAAAAAACCGGAAAUCACGAACCUUCCUGCAGUGUGGGCAGCUCUGUAGAAGUGAGUUUAGAAAAUUCUCAGCUGUAUAAAGAUUUAUCUGAUGCCAUCGAGCAAACCUUCCAGAGAACAAACAGUGAAACCAGAGUGAGACGUAGCACAAGGCUGCGGAAAGAUUUGGAGGCUGAAGGGCUUGUAUGGGUUUUACUUCCGUUUCCUUCCACUUCCCAAAACACCAAAAGGAGGACAGUAUGUACAUUCGACAGCAGAGGAUUUGAAAGUACGGCUCCCAGAAAAGAUACCGUGUCCUCCAGACAAAAACUGUGUGUGGCACCUUCUGUCUCAGAUAUAGAAAACAUCCAGGGUCCUGCAGCUGAUCCUUCUAGUUUACCUGGCAAGCGGAGGAAGAGCUUUUGUACGUCUACACUCGCAAAUACUAAAACCGCUACCCAGUCAAAACGCUACAGAAGAAGAACCUUUCUCAAUGAGAGGGAAGAAAGCUCUCUAACGGACUUUGGACAGAAUGGAGAGCCAAAACAGUGA